AAUGAACCACCAAUAGUAAAUAAGCAAACUAAUGAUGAAAGCAUUAUGAAUAUUGAAGAUCACUAUGAUUAUCGACAAGUGUAUUUGAAAACAUUAAUAAAUUCUGUUUCAGAAAAACUAAUUCAUGAAAAAAUUGCACAUGCAUUGUUUCACAUAUCAUUAAUGCCAACAAGAUGGUUUCAGGACAAUACUUUAAGUAAAGUUGAUUUGGCUUCUAAUGAGCCUUUUAUUGAAGCAUCAUUUAAAAAAGAUAAAGAUCAAAAAGCAUUAGACAAUCUUAUAUUAUCAUAUAUUUCAGAACAAGAAGCAAGCUGA